AACCGCCGUUAAACCUCAUCGAAGAAGAAGAGACCCUGAGUGAUGACUGCUCUGAGAGAUGACGGCGCAGCUGGACCCUAUUGGAAUCUCCUGCCAGUGCUCAGGUACACAUCGGAAUCUUAUUGGAUAUGGAAAAUCGCGAGGGUUGGCCGAGAGGCGAGGUCCACUCGGGAAAAUGUUGGUGUGGUAGCGGAUUCGAGCUUUUGCACUACAGCGGACAGUUCUAACAAAACUGAGCUUCCCACUCUAAAACCUGGGUGACGUCACACAAACCUGAGCUGGAGAGAUUAAAGAUGUCGGAGAAGGUGCAGAACACCUUCAGGUUGCAGUUGUCCUCCGUCAUGGACUCCCUGCUCACUGCAGCCGUGUGUGAGAUCUCCAAGAUCUUUGAGGGCAGUCUGAGUGAGCAGCAGGCAGAGCUGAUGCAGAGUGUAGAGGAGAUCUCAGCAUUAAAGGGGAAGCUGAGGCUGGCAGAGAUGAGGUUGAAGGAGGGUGGAAAAAUAAAGGAGUUGGAUGAUACGGCUGCCAACACCUCUGGGCAAACAGUCACUGACGUGACGACAAUUGCUGAGAUGGAAGAAGAAGUACCCGAUUGGUGCGAGCCCCUUCAGUCAGAAGAUUCUUUAAUUCCACCCUCAAAGAUCAAAAAGGAAAAUGAGUGGCCAUGGGUGGACCUGCGACCACUGAGUGUGUCUCUAUGGCGCAUCCCUAACAUCAAACAAGAGCAGGCUGAAGAUUUUGAUAACCACUUGCUGACAGCCCUAGCCAGGAGUCCUCCACGAAAAGGGUCAGCUGCGGAGCGGUUGUUAAACAGACGUUUAAAAGACAUACCUGAACUGAGCGGGGCCGGGUUAGGGUACGGUUGUGGUGGUUCAGUAGGGCGGGGGCGGGGGCUGAGGAAGACCCAUGGUAGUCUGUUGUGCACAUUCAAACAAGACAAUCCGGAACCCCAGAGCAGCGUCUUAUUAGACAAGAAUGUCUUGAGGCACAGCACAAGACAAGGAAAAGAUUGUGACUUACAAAGCAAACACAGUGAGGGGACACAUGGGAAAACGAGUGACAUAGUGAAAAAGAAGGUAGGAAGGAGAAGAAAGCAUUUAAAAAUGGAACCUAAUGCAGAAGAAGAAGCAACAACCAGUGGAACUGACAAGAGUUUCUGCUGCAAAUACUGUGGGAAGGGCUUUCACAGAGAGUUUGGCCUUUCUGUGCACAUGAGGUCUCAUAACAAGGGGACAUACAAAUGUCCCAAGUGUCCCAAAAAGUUUCCGUAUCCAAGUGCACUCCGUGUGCACACAUUGAACAGCCACGGCAAAACAGAAAAGAACAAACCUUGCUCUAACGUCAAAGAAAAGUCCAACUCUAUCAACCACAAAGUGAAAUCCCUCUCCCCCAGCAGAACAAAGCCUACUUCCCCCAACAACAAACCUCUCUCUUCCAGCAAGGUCAAACCUCUACCCCCCAAAGACAAACCUACCUCCCCCAACAACAAAGCUGGCUCCCCUAAAGGCAGCACACAUCCACAACUUUAUUCUUGUCACGUUUGCCAUAAGGAGUACACUUCUGCAAAUUCCCUGCAGGACCACGAACGCAUUCACACAGGUGAGAGACCGUACCCUUGUAACCAGUGUGGGCAGAGGUUCCGUGUAAAGCAGUUCCUGAUAUUACAUUUGCGUAAAGCCCAUGCGGAUGUGUACGGGGGUGAGGAGAGCAGCAGAUACCUCUCCUGGACUGCACCAGUGGAGGAUCCCAUUGCUAACGGUGCUGAGCAGCAACCUGCCGUUAAGUCAAAGAGCAAAGACGAUCGACGUGCAAAGGCAAACAGCAAACGGAAGCAAAUGACAGUAACAGACGGUCUGUUUCAAUGCACAGUGUGUAAAAAGCUGCUAAGUUCACAGAUGAGCCUCGUUCAACACUUCCGCAUCCACACAGGUGAGAAACCGCUCAGCUGCGAAGAGUGCGGCAAGAAAUUCCGCUGUCACCCCAUCUUGAUCAGCCACAGGAGGUCCGCCCACCCGGGGAAGAAGUACCAAUGCCUCAGGUGUGUUCAGCAAUUUGAGACCAUGGCCGAACGUAAGAGACAUCUGUUACUAGUCCACCAAUUCAAGAAACCCAACCCGCGGUCCCGCUGUCCUCGCUGUAACAGGACUUUCCACAACAGUAACUCCCUGAGGAUCCACUAUGAAACUGUCCAUGCCUGAGUCUGUCCCCACAUGGCUCGGCCUAGUCAAGUUGGAGUGUUCAGCAGGACCGGGAUCAAUUACAUUCAGAAAGUCAGAUUGUUACGUCCAUUUGAAAUUACAUUUGUGAUUUGAAAAGUGCUGUUUAUUUUCGAUUAGCCUUUUUGUAAUCAUUGACUGGCUGAGUGAAAAGGGAAUUGACCCCAACCCUGGUGGCCAGUGAAUUAACAUAAUGCUGAGAGAGGACGCUAAAAGAGCAAAAACUUGUGAUUUGGUGGUCAAUGUUUGUGAUAUGGUGCUCAAUAUGGGUAUCACUGAUAAAACUGUGAUAUGGGGUUGCAGGAUCACAUUUUUUUAAAGUCAGUGCCAGACCGGUUUAUGGCAUUUUUAAUUUCAACGUCUUGGAGCCAUGUUUUUAUGUUUUUAGUUCCAUGUAAACAGGUCUCUAUCAUUUCUAUAUUAUUAUGACAAAUGUAACAUGUUCUUUGUACUGUACAUUCUCUGUUGUCAAGAAAAGCACAGGGAAUAUACUUUUGCUCAAUUUCUUUUAAUUUUUUUUUUACAUGAAUAAAAUGUAUUUACUGGA